CCUGGGAGCCCCGCUGUGGGGUUGCACCAGGCCUAGGUACCUUAGCGAGGAAGAUGAUCUCGACCUCACUUCAACGACGUGCACUUCAAAAUCUUCAAUGUGUCGAUUUCUGACGUUAAAGUUGGGCCAAGCCGUUGGUUACAAGGCACAAGACUUCAUCGCAGUCACAUACACUGGAUCCCUUAGCACGUGUUAGAGACACUGAAAAGCUGGUGUGUGAGGGUUUGACGCGUUUAAGCCUGCGAAGACGCGCCUCUGAGGCAGGAACAUAGAUAUCGCAAGAUGCUCCUGCUCUCCCAGCAAUAACAUUCGUGACUGCACUCGCGGAAAGGAUCAAGGACCACAGAACUACCGAGUCACAGUCCAUCUACAUGCAGUGGGAACCGGUUAUCCUGACACACUGAGAACAUGAAGGUCCUCUGCGUUGCCGAGAAACCAUCCAUUUCGAAAGCCGUUGCCGGCCAUUUGGCAGGACGAAGCCCUGAAGUCCACAAUACACGGUCUCAAUACAUCAAGAACUAUGGCUUCGACUUCGACUUCGGCGCCCCAUGGGGUUCGUGUGGUGUCACGAUGACAGCCGUUCUGGGCCACCUCACAGGACUCGAGUUUACGCCAGAGAACAAAAACUGGUCGCACCCGCCACCAGAGAGCUUGUUCAGUGCACCAGUCGUGACCGUAGUACCUCAGGACAAGAAAACCGUUGCGGAGAACAUUGAGCGGCAGGCUCGAUACUGCCAACUUCUCGUUAUCUGGACUGAUUGUGAUCGAGAGGGAGAGCAUAUUGGAAAAGAGAUUGUCAAUGCUGCCAAGAAAGGUAACAACCGAAUCACCAUCAAGCGUGCCACUUUCAGCAACAUCGAACGAGCCCAUAUUCUCACUGCUGCCCGGCGCCUCACCGACCUUGAUCAGAAGCAAGUCGACGCCGUGGAUGCGAGAAUAGAGCUAGAUCUUAGGAUUGGGUAUGCUUUUACGCGUUUCCUGACCAUCAGUCUUCGUCCCCUGGGAGGUGCGCUGCAGGAACGAACAAUCAGCUAUGGCUCUUGCCAGUUUCCGACUCUAGGAUUUGUCGUAGAUCGGUACUUCCGGGUCCAAAACUUCGUCCCCGAACCGUUCUGGAGCAUCAAGGUCAUGCACUCCCGCGAAGGCAAAAAGGUCAACUUCGGCUGGUCACGAAAUCGCCUCUUUGACCGGAUGUCUGUUGUCAUUCUCUACGAGCGUUGCAUCAACGCGAAAAUGGCCAAGGUCACGAAGGUUCAGGAGAAGCCAACGAGGAAGUGGAAACCCCUGCCUUUGACCACGGUCGAGCUGCAAAAGGCAGCAACUCGUCUCCUCCGGAUGAGUGGUCAACAGGCCAUGACAGUCGCCGAGGGUCUCUACAAUAAGGGGUUUAUCAGCUAUCCCAGAACCGAGACAGAUCGUUUUGACAAAGGCAUGGACCUCAAAGCACUAUGCAGGAAGCAGACGCCUGAUUCUCGAUGGGGAGAAUAUGCGCAGAGCCUACUAGAUGGGAACUUCCGUCAACCGCGAGAGGGGAAGCAUGAUGACAAGGCCCAUCCGCCCAUCCACCCGGUCACAUAUGCGGCGCCCACAGUAUUGAAUGCGGAUGAAAAGCAGCUGUACGAGUACGUCGUGCGACGGUUCCUGGCUUGUUGCUCUGAAGAUGCCAAGGGCCUGGCAACCGACGUGGAAAUACUAUAUGGCGAAGAGACAUUCCAUACUCGUGGACUAGUCGUCCUAGAGCGCAACUACCUAGACGUGUUUGUCUACGAGAAAUGGAACGACUCUGCGGAACUACCGAAAUUCACGCCAGGAGAGACAUUCCAGCCAACAGAAGCCUUGAUGACGGAUGGCAAGACAAGUCCGCCAGGCUACCUUACUGAAGCAGACCUCAUUGCUCUUAUGGAUGCCAACGGGAUCGGAACAGAUGCCACGAUGGCGGAGCACAUUCAAAAGAUUCAAGACAGAGAGUAUGUUCAGCUAGCUGACGGGGGUCAACGUGGCCAGGAUGGUGACGACGAUGAUGACGACCGGGAUAGACCUCCUUCGCCGCCAGCUAGAGGCGGCCGAGGGGGCCGCGGCAAUCGCGGUGGUCGCGGUGGCAGAGGGGGUCGCGGCGCGUCGUCGACCGGACGUAGAGGGCUCAAGGUCUUUAUCCCGACGCAGCUCGGCGUGGCCCUCAUCACGGGAUUUGAUCGCAUGGAAUUCGAAACUAGUCUGGGCAAGCCAUUCUUGCGGAAAGAGAUGGAGAACAAGAUGAAGGCAAUCUGCGACGGGCGCAUGACCAAGGAGGCCGUCUUGCGGGAAAGUCUAGGUCAGUACCGACAGGUAUUCAGGGACUCGCAAGAACGGCUCAACGUUCUCAAGGCGGCGUGUCGCGAAUACAUGUCGAUUCGCGAGUGAGCCCGGCAAUUCGAUUGUACGUGAUGGCAGAUAAGGGCUCAGCCCUUUAUGGGUAUGCGAGACGCGAAAGUGUCGAAAUGAAGUGGGAUAAUCCCAAACAUCGUCGUCGCAGUAGCAUGGCUCCAUACAACAAACAAGGACCACGGGGCGAGGUUUCCUUAUCGAUGGUGUCCACAGGAAUCCAAACGUGGGUGUGACGACUGGUGCGUCUGGAAGGGUCACCACGGUCCGAGAAUCGGCGCCGUUGGCCUACUUACCAUUGUCUAGCUCCGAAUAAGCUGCGCGACAUAUCUACAAAUUUCUAUCAUCGUCUGAGGUCUCUUGGCGGCUAAGGUCAGGUCAGCACGCACGCCGGCGCUCUUGGUUUCAACCAGCCGUUCGGGACUAGGAGCAAGGCAAAUACGGAAGAGGUCGGGAAAGGCGCAGUGACGAGGGGCGUGGAGGGGUGUGAAUGAUACCCCGCCGCGAUAUCUUGGACGAGAAGCGGGGUGAGGCGGC